AUGACAUGGAAGUGUUUGAUAUUUGGUAAUGCUGCAAGGCCAAAAGCUAAGUUCAAAGUGUGGUUGCAAAUGCAGAAUAUGCUACUUACUGUUGACAGACUGAACAAAUGGGGAAUACAGGUAGAAAGCAAAUGCAGCUUAUGUCAGAGAGAAGAGGAAACAAGAGAUCAUCUCUUUGUGGAGUGUGACUAUACAAAAACAGUAAUGCAAAAGCUGAUGCACUGGACACAGAACCAAAAUAUAAUAGCAGCUACCUGGGAACAACAUGUGUAUGAGUUGAUCAAGAGAGCUAAAGGCAAAACAAAGGAAGCUCAACUAUUCAAGAGAUAUAUUCUGAAGGGUGUUUGGCGACGACGAGAACUGAAGCAGCAACAACAAAGCAGCCAUGGCCGCGCGAAGCUGGAGAAGAAGAAGCAUCGAGCAGCAACAACAAAGCAGCCAUGGCCGCGCGAAGCUGGAGAAGAAGAAGCAUCGAGCAGCAACAACAAAGUAGCCAUGGCUGCGCGAAGCUGGAGAAGAAGAAGCAUCGAGCAGCAGCAGUGA